AAAAUAGAUUAAAGAUAACAAAGUAUUGGCUAUAUUUAUAACUCAAAAAUUGAAAAAAGAUUGUAUGGUUCAUCUCUCUUUCUCUCUCUCGUGGAUAUGCCAACUAAUAUUCUAGUGGUGAACAAAAAGACCUUGCUUAACUCCAACAUACUUCACCGUGGACGCAUGUGUAAACGUGGUGAUGACGAAAUGGAUGACGGAAUGGUUGAGCUCAUUGGUGGAAAACAACAGCCACAUUCCUCUUCGCAUGGCUCAGGCAAUUCCCAGUUGGUUAAUUGCAAAGCUUGCUUUCCUUCUCUUGUGGCCGCACCAGAAGGGGCAGCAGCUUCUUUGAGGGGGCCCCAGCACUCUACCUUGUUGAAUUCUGGAACGGUGGAAUGGAAGUAAACCCAAACCAGAGCUUCCAGUAACUU